GUUUUUACUUUUAAAGCCAUCCGGCCCUCUGAGUUCCACGUCUCUUGGGCAUGUAGUCUGCAUGGGACCCCCAGUCUGAGAAACUGCAGCUGCGCGGCGUCUAUGGAGCUCUGGGCGGGGGCUGUGCCCGCGGCCGUGCCCCCCGCCCGCCGCCCGGGCCAUGCGUCCCGGUCCCAGCUCGGAGCCGCCGGGCCUGCGGGGUUGAGCUGGGAGCCACGCGGGGAGCGGGCGCCGGCGGCGGGCGGCGCAGCGGACCCGGGGCUAUGGCCGUGACCUGCUGUGCACUCAACAGCCUAAUGGUCAUGAACAGCGCCAGCGAGGCGAAGAGCGGCGGCCUGGGGCCCAGCGGCAAUGAGACGCCCCGGGCCCCGAGCCCCGGCAGCGUUUUCAGUCCCGGGACGGCGGCUUCUUUCCUCUUUCCGCCGGCGGAGGAACCGCAAAGCACCGGCGGCCGGCGCAGGCUGAGCAGUGGCGGCAGCGUGAGAAGCCCGGGGCGCCUGCGGGGAAACCGGCUGCAAGGGGCGACCACUGAAGCCCUGACCCCGUCGGGCCUGGAGGAGGCCCAGAGGAAACUGCGAAUUCUGCAGCGUGAGUUGCAGAACGUGCAGGUGAAUCAGAAAGUGGGCCUGUUUGAGGCGCACAUCCAGGCCCAGAGUGCUGCCACCCUGGCGCCCCGCAGCCCUCGCCUAGGUCGGGCCCGCUCGCCCUCCCCGAGUCCUUUCCGCAGCAGCAGCCAGCCUCCAGAAAGGGGCCUGGCCCAGGCACCCCCCAUCGAGGAACGGAGGACAAAAUCCUGGGGGGAUCAGUGUCUAGAGACUCCCGUUGUGGACUCCUUGAGGCCAGGAGCGAGCCCGAGCCUUUGGAAGGACAGGGAGAGAGUGGCACCCCUCCAGGGCCUGACCAUCCUGACUGGACCAGAUGCUCACAAUCCAGCAGCUUCCAUGAGGCCAAAGGGACCACCUGUCUGUCCCCGCACUGACUUGCUAGACCUCGCUGUGGAAAUUGACAAGAGGGUCAGCCCUCAUUCAGACGAUUCGAGCUGUGGCGCUCCCAUAUCUGAGCCUGUUGGACCAAGCUUUGUGAUGGCCACAGAAGUAGCAGUGACAGCCACAUCCAUGGGGCAUCCCUACCCAUGUGACACUGUCCUGACUGAGUGGGUCAGUCAACUUGGGGCCUUGCAUCCCCGGGAGUCCCUAGUGGAGCAGCAAGGGCAGUGUCUAGGAAGUGAGACAAGCCCAGCCCCAGAGCCCGUUGGCCAGUGCGAUGGAAAGCUCCCUGGGCAGGUGGGGAAAGGUGACCUGCCCUGUGGCAGCACAUGCUCCAGGGUGCCUGAGGUCAGUGGAAAGCCAGAAGAGCGGACUGUGAAUACACAGAGCUCAGAGCCAUCCCAGACCCAGAGCUGUGCCACGCUGCCUGGACAUUUGGGUUCCAUAGGUGCUGGGGAGGUCUGGAGUGGGAUCCCCAGGAGCUGUGAGACCCAGCCAGUCCCCCACAGAGUGGGAGAAGGGUCCCCUAUGCUGGGUUUGCUUGGGGGCAGUCCCACAGCACAGCCAGGGACUAAGGUUGAGAUGGGUGUUUCGUCUGGCAGAAUGUUGGAACCUUUACCCUGCUGGGAACUGGGGAAAGACCUGAAAGAACCCCAGUGCCUUCCUGGGGACGGGGUGGGUGUACAGCUUGGGGGCUCCAGAACUUGGCUCCCCACCAUGGAGGAAGCUGUCCCAGCCUGGUCUCCAGACUCAGGUGUACAAAAGAAGGGGACUUGGGAAAGCCAGCUGCAGGAUAGAGAUGCCUACCCCAAGUCCGACCAGCUGCACUUGGACCAGGACCAUCCUUCCUUAGGAGAGGCCUGCAGUCCCAGCAACACACCUGCCAUACCUGCAGUCAUCAUUACAGACAUGGGUACCCAGGAGGAUGGGAGCCUAGAGGAGAUGCACGGGAGCCCUCGGAGCAACCUGCCUCUGAGAAAGCUGUCCUCAUCCUCUGCCUCCUCCACUGGCUUCUCAUCAUCCUAUGAAGAUUCAGAAGAGGAUAUCUCCAGUGACCCUGAACGUACCCUAGACCCCAAUGCAGCCUUUCUUCAUACCCUGGACCAGCAGAAACCCAGAGUGAGCAAAUCAUGGAGGAAAAUAAAAAACAUGGUGCACUGGUCUCCCUUUGUCAUGUCCUUCAAGAAGAAGUACCCCUGGAUCCAGCUGGCGGGACACGCAGGAAGCUUCAAGGCCGCGGCCAAUGGUCGGAUCCUGAAAAAGCACUGCGAGUCAGAGCAGCGCUGCCUCGACCGGCUGAUGGCUGAUGUGCUUCGACCCUUUGUGCCUGCCUACCAUGGCGAUGUGGUGAAGGACGGAGAACGCUACAACCAGAUGGAUGACCUGCUGGCCGACUUUGACUCGCCCUGUGUAAUGGACUGCAAGAUGGGUGUCAGGACAUACUUGGAGGAAGAACUCACCAAGGCCCGGAAAAAGCCCAGCCUGCGGAAGGACAUGUACCAGAAGAUGGUCGAGGUGGACCCUGACGCCCCCACCGAGGAGGAGCGGGCACAGCGGGCCGUGACCAAGCCGCGCUACAUGCAGUGGAGGGAAACCAUCAGCUCCACGGCUACCCUGGGCUUCAGGAUUGAGGGGAUCAAAAAAGAAGAUGGCUCUGUGAACCGUGACUUCAAGAAGACCAAGACAAGGGAGCAGGUCACCGAGGCCUUCAGGGAGUUCACAAAAGGAAACUAUAACAUCCUGGUUGCCUACCGAGACCGGCUAAAGGCCAUUCGAACCACCCUAGAAGUGUCUCCCUUCUUCAAGUGCCACGAGGUUAUCGGCAGCUCUCUGCUCUUCAUCCAUGACAAGAAGGAGCAGGCCAAGGUAUGGAUGAUUGACUUUGGGAAGACUACACCCCUGCCAGAAGGCCAGACCCUGCAGCACGAUGUGCCCUGGCAGGAAGGGAAUCGGGAGGAUGGCUACCUGUCUGGGCUGAACAACCUCAUCGAAAUCCUGACAGAAAUGUCUCAGGAUGCCCCCUUGGCCUGAGGCCACCUGCCCUGCCCUGCUGCUCCUCCUGUACUGCCUCUCUCUUCUCUCUUGAUUCUUCCUGUUGCCUGGCCUCAGGCUCCAGCACUGACCCUCCCUAGCUGUAUGUAUAGCAGGACCCCUUAUAGGAGAGAACUUCUCUUUGUAAAUAGUCAUCUUCUAGAAGACUCUUGUACCGAUCAGUUUGGUUUAGAGCUGGUGGGUGGGAGUGGCCUUGGGACCCCUGGCUCUGUGACACCCCUGGAAGCUUAGGCUGAGUGGGCUACUUGUGGUAGCCUACUGCCCUCUGGUGGCCAGUAUUCAUAACACUCCCACCUAGAGAGCCCUGUAUUCAUGGGGGGAAAAAGCAUGUUGCUUGUGAGCAGAGGACCCUCCGAUGAGCAGCUCCAGGGACUUCCAGAGGUGCCAUGGUGGCCCUUCUAAGGUUGAUUUGGAAAGCGUCCAACUUUGACCCAGACCUAGGAGCCAGAAGACCAGCCAAGGUGGUUGUGUUCUCUGACUAGGCCUUGCCAGGAGGGGGGCAGGCAGGAGCUGUUGUUCCAUUUGGAACUGUGGCCAUGGUUUCAGAAGAGGUGUUGUGCAAAGCAAAGCAUCCAAGGAGGCUGCUGCCACCUCCAGGACCACUGCUUACUGGCCUUUCUUGGACCUCCCACUCCACCUUGUUCAAGGUCCAGGGCUGAAUGGGGCUGCUCCAGGCAGAGAUGUCUGCUUGGCAGAGGAUACUGUCUCCUGACCCCUCACACCCCUGGUGCUGGUUGGUCAGCCCUGUCCACUUUCAGAGGGUCCUUUCAAACAGUUGGGGAGGAGGGUCAGGCUGGAAGGAAGCAGGAUUUUGGUGUAUUGGCAUUGUUUCUACAUUUUGUCUGAAAUACAUCUCAAAACCUAAGGGGUUUAGACCCAUGUCUCCCCAGGUAGUGUGGGUGGCUUCCAGGGCACAUGGUGGGUACCAUCAGAAGUCCCAGGGCUCUUCCUGGAGGCCCUAGAUGGUCAGAUUCCUGGGUGACAAUUCUUAACUGUAAAGAAAGUCAGUCUAUUAUUAAGAAGGUGCACUUUGCAUGACUUUUUAAGAACAAAACUCCUGGCCCCGUAUCACCAUUCAGAGCUCUGCUCUUGGGCCCUAGAGCUCCCCACCCCUUUUCUGGCUGUCAGGGACUUCUGGGUCCUAGGCCAGGGGCUCCUGGGGAUGCUGCAGGAGAAGUGAGUGUGACAGGUGUACCCGGUGGGUUGCUCCAGGGGAGGGUGGCCUGGCACCUUGGGACCUGGAGAACGUGGAACUGUCAGUCAACCCACAUGAGUAUGUUUCCCCUUUCAUGCUGGGUGGGUGAGUGACAGUUGGCGUGGGCAGGGGGGUGGGAAUUAAGAGGAUGUAUAAGUACAGAUUUUUAAAAAGGAAAUCACUUACACUUCCUGGCUCUUGUUCAAAACUGUGGUGCACUUCGAUGUGGGCUGACUUGGUGAAGGUCACACCCUGCCCUUACUGAAUCUGAGGCCUUGUGACAGCACAUGACUGGGAAGGCAGGCAGUGUGGGGGCGGCAUUGAACACCCAGAGGCAAGAGUUCCUGUGGCCCUCACAGGGUAAAGGCCACCAGGGGCUUUCUGCAGGGAGGGGACAUAGCAGAUUCAUUCAGCCAGGAUGAUUCUCCACUGUGAGCUGGCCGAAAACUCUCCCUAUUCUAUCUAUGAAAUUUGCUAAAGCAAGUUAAAGAUAUGACCAAAACUGACAGGGACCAGUAUAGCCUGUGUAAGAGACAACUCCUCGGCACUCAAGGGGCACCGUCUGUUCACAGGCUACAUGCUGAUGCGCAGAGGAUCACUUAUCCCCAGGCCAGGAGCCCCUUCUGAGAGCAGCCAGGCUCCUGUGGGGCUCCUCUUUACUGGAGUUUCGGUUCGUUUCUGUGUGUUCAGUGCCAGGCGCCACUCCUGCUCUGCCCCUCCAGCCUGCUCCUAGCUAUGGCCCCUCAUGAGAGAGAUUAGUCCGGGAUGGGCUUUCCCGGAGCUCUGUCCUGGUGGCAACGACCCGACCACAUGGUGCCCAGAGCAGGAUACCUGUGCGCAGGAACCGGGCAGGGACAGACAGUGCUGCUCAGCAUGUGGAAGCUUCCCCUAGUUUUUUUCCCAGACUCCCUUUAGCGUCCUGUGAGUUUUUAAGUUAUAUUUAUUAUGUUGGUUUUUAAGAAUUACACAAAACACUAAGACUGAAAGGCUGGACUCCAUUUCUCCCUUUGAGCUUGGCCUCUCUGAACUUCUUUUCCACCUGGGGGGAGCCCGACAGCCCUCCCCCAAGUGACCUCUUCCACCUCCAGCUGUGCUUAGCAUCCAACCAGCCGCGCGUGCCUACAGAGUUGGGCCCCUCACCCCAGGGUGCUUGCCCAGCCGUGCCUUUGCCUGAAGGAGAGGCCGCUCUGCCUCUAGACUACCUUUCUCCCAGGAACUGUUACAGACCCGGCCCAACCUCCUAAUAAAGGCCUCGGAGACCA